AUGCCGGCCUCACUCCCACCCCCGGCAACCAUCCGCCGCGCCCAGCCCUCCGAGGCCGCCCUCCUCACCGACCUCGCCCUCGCCGCCAAAGCCCACUGGGGCUACUCCCCCGCCUUCAUGUCCGCCGCGCGCGCCGAGCUGACCAUUUCCGCGUGCUCCAUCACCGAGCACGACGUCCACGUUGCCAUUCUCCCCAACGACGCCGAGAUUGCCGGCGUCUACCGCCUCACGCCCGGGGACAUCGGCGAGUUGAGUUAUCUGUGGAUCCGCCCGGCGCACAUUGGUCGCGGCCUCGGCCGGCUGCUGUGGGAGGAUGCGCUGCGGCGGGCGGCGGCGGGCGGCAUGGUGCGGCUCACGCUCGACGCGGAUCCAAAUGCAGAGGGCUUCUAUCUCAGGAUGGGCGCGCAGCGCUGCGGCGAGACGCCGAGCAAGAGCGUCGAGGGACGCAGACUGCCGCUGCUCACGGUGGAUGUGCACCAGGCGCUGGCCAUGAUGCGGGAGCGGGAGAGCAAAGCUGCCGCCUGA